AUGACUGAAGGUUUCAUGAUCCGCGACUCGGGCAGCAUUAAUUCCGAAUUCGCCCACAAGUCAGAAUCCCCCACAAUUCCGAAUUCGCCCACAAGUCAGAAUUCGCCCACAAUUCCGAAUUCACCCACAAUUCAGAAUCCGCCCCACAAAUCAAAAUUCGCCCACAAUUCCGAAAUCGCCCACAAAGUCAAUUCGCCCACAAGUCAGAAUUCACCCACAAGUCAGAAUUCGCCCACAAUCCCGAAUUCCCCCACAAUUCCGAAUUCGCCCACAAUUCCGAAUUCGCACACAAUUCCGAAUUCGCCCACAAAUCAGAAUUCCCCCACAAUUCCGAAUUCCCCCACAAUUCAGAAUUCACCCACAAUUCCGAAUUCGCCCACAAUUCCGAAUUCACCCACAAUUCCGAAUUCGCCCACUAGUCAGAAUUCGCCCACAAUUCCGAAUUCCCCCACAAUUCCGAAUUCGUCCACAAUUCCAUAUUCGCCCACAAUUCCGAAUUCGCCCACGUCAGAAUUCACCCACAAUUCCGAAUUCACCCACAAGUCCGAAUUCGCCAAAAAUUCCGAAUUCGCCCACAAGUCCGAAUUCGUCCAAAAUUUCGAAUUCACCCACGUCAGAAUUCGCCCACAAUUCCGAAUUCGCCCAUGUCAGAAUUCGCCCACAAUUCCGAAAUCUACCACAAUUCCGAAUUCGCCCACGUCAGAAUUAACCCACAAUUCCGAAUUCGCCCAUAAGUCCGGAUUCGCCCAUAAUUCCGAAUCCGCCCACAAGUCAGAAUUCGCCCACAAGUCAGAUUUUACCCACAAGUCCGAAUUCGCCCACAAGUCCGAAUUCUCCCACAAGUCAGAAUUCGCCCACAAGUCAGAAUUCUCCCACAAGUCAGAAUUCGCCCACAUGUCAGAUUCCCCCACAAGUCAGAAUUCUCCCACAAGUCAGAAUUCUCCCACAAGUCAGAAUUCUCCCACAAGUCAGAAUUCGCCCACAAGUCAGAAUUCACCCACAUGUCAGAAUUCACCCACAAGUCAGAUUUCACCCACAAGUCAGAAUUCGCCCACAAGUCAGAAUUCGCCCACAUGUCAGAAUUCACCCACAAGUCAGUAUUCACCCACAAGACAGAAUUCACCCACAAGUCAGAAUUCGCCCACAAGUCAGAAUUCACCCACAAGUCAGAAUUCGCCGACAAGUCAGAAUUCGCCGACAAGGCAGAAUUCACCCACAAGUCAGAAUUCGCCCACAAGUCAGAAUUCGCCCACAAGUCAGAAUUCGCCCACAAGGCAGAAUUCACCCACAAGUCCGAAUUCACCCACAUGUCAGAAUUCGCCCACAAGUCCGAAUUCUCCCACAAGUCAGAAUUCGCCCACAUGUCAGAAUUUGCCCACAUGUCAGAAUUCGCCCACAUGUCAGAAUUCGCCCACAAGUCCGAAUUCUCCCACAAGUCAGAAUUCGCCCACAAGUCAGAAUUCGCCCACAAGUCCGAAUUCUCCCACAAGUCAGAAUUCGCCCACAUGUCAGAAUUCGCCCACAUGUCAGAAUUCGCCCACAAGUCCGAAUUCGCCCACAAGUCAGAAUUCGCCCACAUGUCAGAAUUCGCCCACAAGUCCGAAUUCUCCCACAAGUCAGAAUUCUCCCACAAGUCAGAAUUCGCCCACAUGUCAGAAUUCGCCCACAUGUCAGAAUUCGCCCACAAGUCCGAAUUCUCCCACAAGUCAGAAUUCGCCCACAAGUCAGAAUUCGCCCACAAGGCAGAAUUCGCCCACAUGUCAGAAUUCUCCCACAAGUCAGAAUUCGCCCACAUGUCAGAAUUCGCCCACAAGUCAGAUUUCUCCCACAAAAUUCGCCGACAAGUCAGAAUUCGCCCACAAGUCAGAAUUCGCCCUCAAGUCAGAAUUCACCCACAUGUCAGAAUUCGCCCACAAGUCAGAAUUCGCCCACAAGUCAGAUUUCGCCCACAUGUCAGAAUUCGCCCACAAGUCCGAAUUCUCCCACAAGUCCGAAUUCGCCCACAAGUCUGAAUUCUCCCACAAGUCAGAAUUCGCCCACAAGUCAGAAUUCUCCCACAAGUCAGAAUUCACCCGCAAGUCAGAAUUCACCCACAAGUCAAAUUUCGCCCACAUGUCAGAUUCGCCCACAAGUCAGAAUUCGCCCACAAGUCAGAAUUCGCCCACAAGUCCGAAUUCUCCCACAAGUCAGAAUUCGCCCACAAGUCAGAAUUCUCCCACAAGUCAGAAUUCGCCCACAAGUCAGAAUUCUCCCACAAGUCAGAAUUCUCCUACAAGUCCGAAUUCGCCCACAAGUCAGAAUUCACCCACAAGUCCGAAUUCGCCCACAUGUCAUAAUUCGCCCACAAGUCAGAAUUCUCCCACAAGUCAGAAUUCGCCCACAAGUCAGAAUUCUCCCACAAAAUUCGCCCACAAGUCAGAAUUCUCCCACAAGUCAGAAUUCUCCCACAAGUCAGAAUUUGCCCAGUCAGAAUUCAGCCCAACAAGUCGAAUUCGCCACAUGUCAGAAUUCGCCCCCCCACAAGUCAGAAUUCUCCCACAAAAUUCGCCCACAAGUCAGAAUUCACCCACAAGUCAGAAUUCUCCCACAAGUCAGAAUUCUCCCUCAAGUCAGAAUUCUCCCACAAGUCAGAAUUCUCCCACAAGUCAGAAUUCGCCCACAAGUCAGAAUUCACCCACAAGUCCGAAUUCGCUGACAAGUCCGAAUUCUCCCACAAGUCAGAAUUCGCCCACAUGUCAGAAUUCGCCCACAAGUCAGAAUUCUCCCACAAAAUUCGCCCACAAGUCAGAAUUCGCCCACAAGUCAGAAUUCACCCACAAGUCCGAAUUCGCCCACAUGUCAGAAUUCGCCCACAAUCAGAAAUUCUCCCCACAUCGUCAGAAUUCGCCCACAAGUCAGAAUUCGCCCACAAGUAGAAUUCUAACCCACCAGUCAGAAUGCGCCCACAAGUCAGAAUUCGCCCACAAGUCAGAAUUCUCCCAAGUCAGAAUUCGCCCACAAGUCAGAAUUCUCCACAAAGUCAGAAUUCGCCCACAAGUCAGAAUUCCCCUCACAAGUCAGAAUUCGCCCACAAGCAGAAUUCUCCCACAAGUCAGAAUUCGCCACAUGUCAGAAUUCGCCCACAAGUCCGAAUUCUCCACACAAUUAAAGUCGUCUACAAGUCAGAAUUCGCCCACGAGUCAGAAAUCGCCCAGAAGUCAGAAUUCACCCACAAGUCAGGAUUCCCUCACAAGUCCGAAUUCGCCCAAGAGUCAGGAUUCUCCCACAAGUCCGAAUUUGCCGACAUUUCCGAAUUCGCCCACAAGUCCGAAUUCGUCCACAAUUCCAAAUUCGCCCACAACCCUGAAUUCGCCCACAAUUUUUAAUUCGCCUACAAGUUAA